AUGAAUAACAACAAAAAUAAUACGCCAUUAUCGAAUCGAUCCGACAGUAUCGAAUCGGGCUCGAUGAUUCCGUCGAUCUAUUCGACAACUAGCGCAUCGUCGGUCAACUCAUCAAAUCGUUCAUUUAUCCAGCCGAUGUCAACAGCAAUCAUGUCUGAUUUUGAUUCAUCAGCCAGUAAUAGUACAUCUGUACCACAAAAUGAUCAACGUCGACAAGUCAUUCAUCAUCUUGCGCUGUUACUUCAUGCACAUAAAUGUCUUCAACGUGAACGACAAGCAGCAACAAAUGGUGACAAUCACGAAACGGCAUCUCAAUACUUUUGUCCCAUGCCACAUUGUGCAACCAUGCGCACUGUACUUCAACAUAUGACCAAAUGUUCAGAUUUUAAAACUUGCUCCUUUGCGCAUUGUGUACGAUCACGUCAUAUACUUCUUCAUUGGAAAAAUUGUACCAUAUCCAAUUGUCCCAUUUGUGGAGCACUGAGAAAACCAUCGUCAGUGGUCCGAACACAAAAUCCUGCAACAAAAGAAUGGCAACAACAGAUUCAUCAAGACCAUCGAAGCCACUUAGUAAAAAAGAUCACCUCAGCGUUACUGUCCACCAUUCAGCAAGAUAAUCACCCCUUAACUCCUGCGUCUGUAGCCACUGUUACAAAUUAUGCUCAAAAGACUGAAGCAGACGCAUUUAAUAACGCUACAAGUCAAGAAGAUUAUUUUCAACGUUUAGCUGAACGAAUCUAUAAAAUACAAAAAGAAUACGAUGAAAAACAAGCAGUCAAACGGCAAUCACAGCAAACGAAUACAACAAUAUCAAAUACAACACUAUCGUCCAUUGAUCGGUCUGCUGGCGAGCAAGGCCCACCAAAUCGCGUUGCACCACAGAUAGACUAUUCAUUACCACAGGUGAAAGCCGAAGCCAUUUCUAAUCACCAAUCAAUUUUAACAACAAUGCCUUUGGACAAACAUCGGAUCUCCACUGAUGCUCUCAGUCGACUAGUCAUUCAUAAUAACAACUCAGCUGUGAACGUAGAUUUUAACGGAAAUCAUAACGAUCUAGCACACAUAAAGACUGAAGAAACUUUAUUCACUCAUGAUUCGAAAAUUCAUUCAACAACCACAGUGACGAACAACAGAAAAGAAGAAGAAACAGUGACCACGGGAAACUCGCUCACUACUAUAAAGCUAAAUCCAAAUGAAAGUGUCAAAGCUGAACCUACGUCUCCACCAUCGAAGCAACAUCCACCUAUUGAUGCAUCGAGUAAAGCAUUACCAAAAUGUCCAGCAGUAUUUUCACCCGACGAUAUUCGAGAAAAAAUGGCGCCGAUUCUCCGACAAAUGUAUGAUCACGAAGAUGGAUUUUGGUUCCAUCAGCCGGUCACCGAAGCGAUCGCACCGGGAUAUUUUGAAAUUAUCAAAGAUCCAAUGGAUUUCUCCACUAUAUUCAAUAAAUUGGAUAAAAAUCAAUACUCUACACCGUUUCAGUUCUGUGCAGAUGUUUGGCUGGUUUUUAACAACGCAUGGACAUUCAAUAAGAAAACUCAGCGUGUCCAUAAAGCUGGUGUUAAACUUGCUGACAUCUUCAUGGAAAACGUCGAUCCUAUUAUGAAAGAAUAUGGCUAUUGCUGUGGACGUCAGUAUGUAUUCUUACCACCAGCUAUGUUCUGCUACGGUGUAGGUGGUAUUUGUUGUACAAUCCCACGUGACGGAGAUUAUUUUGUUUAUACGAACCCCGAUUCAUCGCGAAAUAAUCUCUCGGGUGAUAAAUACACAUUCUGCAAGAAAUGUUUCGAUUCAGUCAAAUCAGAAUACAUAUUAGUUGGAGACGAUCCUGCGCAAACAUUAGUUGAACUACCCAAAGCUGAAUUUCAGCAAGACAAAAACGAUCGUCAAGAACAUGAACCUGUAGUCGAUUGUAUUGUAUGUUCACGACGUUUUCAUAGUAUCUGUGUUCUCUAUCAUGAACAAAUCUGGCCAGAAGGUUACGUUUGUAAAUUAUGCGUACAACAAUAUAAUAUUAAACGGAAAGGAAAUCGUUAUUUGGCACAUAAGUUAACCAUGACUGAUUUGGCUAAUGUUUUGGAAAAACGUGUUAAUGAUUUUCUCAAGAAAGAAUGCGAUCUGAACACGGGACGCGUCACCAUCCGCGUAUUGGCAGCAAGCGAUCGAAUUUGUGAAGUAAAACCAAGAUUGAAGAAUCACUUCGGGUCACAAAUACCUGAUGGAUAUCCCUACAGAACAAAGGCAAUAUUUGCAUUUCAAGAAAUCGAUGGGGUCGACGUUGUUCUAUUUGGCAUGCAUGUGCAAGAGUAUGAUAGUCGAUGUCCAGCACCAAAUACAAGACGCGUUUAUGUCUCCUAUCUUGAUUCUGUAUAUUACUUUCGGCCUAAACAAAAACGAACGGCGCUUUACUAUGAGAUUCUCAUUGGUUAUCUCGAAUAUGUCAAACAAUUAGGAUUUCUUUAUGCUCACAUUUGGGCAUGUCCACCAAGUGAAGGUGAUGACUAUAUCUUCUACUGUCAUCCACCUGAGCAACGUGUACCAAAGCCAAAACGUCUACAAGAAUGGUAUAAAACAAUGUUAGAUAUUGCUGCAAAUCAACGAGUGAUCGUUGAUUAUAAAGAUAUAAUGAAAGAUUGGACUGAUAGUGGAGUGAGCAAAGCAACUGAUAUUCCAUACUUUGAAGGUGAUUUCUGGACGAGUACAAUCGAAGAUUUAAUUAAAGAAAUCGACACGGAGGAAGAAGAUAGACGAAAACUGGAAGAAUUUGAAGCUGUCAAAGUGUGCGAUGAUGGAAAUUUUGAUGAUUCAAUCGAAACAGAAGAACCUACAGAGAUAUCGGACAAACGUAAAUCAGCUGGUAAUACAACACAUAAGAAGAAAAAUUUCAAGAAGACAACUAGUCAACGUCGAGUUACACGAAAGAAUAUGACGAGUGGAACAGAUUUGAUUUCCAAAAUACAUGCAACUAUGGAAAAGCAUAAAGAGUCAUUUUUUGUUGUUCGACUACGUAAUCCAAUGUCGACACCUGCAACAUUGACCGAUACGGAUCCUUUGAUUCAGUGUGAAUUGAUGGAAUCUCGUGACGCCUUUCUGAAUUUUGCUCGUGAAAAACAUUGUGAAUUUUCUUCAUUACGUCGUGCCAAAUAUUCAACCAUGGUUUCGCUCAUAGAAUUACACUCAUCAACCGCAGAUAAAGUCACACAUUCAUGCAAUGCAUGCCGACAACAAUGUGAUAUUCGAUAUCAUUGCACUGUAUGUGAAGAUUAUGAUCUGUGUAGUAAAUGUCAUUCGACUAUCAAACAUGAACAUCGAAUGGAUCGUGCGGAUGAUUCGAAUGAAGCAACAACCAAUUCGGACACGCCACUUAAUACUCAACAACAAAAAGUGAUUACCAUGCAGAAGAUGGUGGAUACUAUACGGCAUGCUCUACAAUGCCGAAAUGCGAAUUGUAUAUAUAAGAACUGUUCACCGUGUAAACGACUCAUUCAACAUACUAAAGAAUGCACGAAGACAUUGAGAGGUCAAUGUUCGUUUUGUAACAAAAUCAUAACACCUAUUUGGUUCCAUGCGAAAUCUUGUGUGGAUCAACAUUGUCCGAUACCAUUCUGUAGUGGAUUCAAACAGAAAGUUCAACGGCAACGUGCAGCGACAAUGCAAGCUGAUCGAAGACGUAUCAAAGCAAUGCAUCGAGCUAAAACUGGACCAGGUCCAUCGCCACUUAAUUCUCAAGCUUCCGAACCGGCACCGACGAAUCAGUAUCAUCAUCAGAUGGAAUCAUCAUCGCCAAGUUCAUCAGGCAAAACGAUGCCAUCGGGUGGCAAAGGUGGUAAACUAUCAUCUAAUAACGGAUUACUUCGCAGCAACCUAUCUCAGUCAGCAUCCUCUCAACAACAACAUUCAUCUUAUUAUAAUGGUGGCAAAGGUAAUCCAGCAGGUGGUGGUACAGGUGGAUAUCCCAUGAUGAUGACACAUCCACAACAGACAUCUCAGUCAUGGGUUUCAUCGCAACAACAGCAACCACAACAACUUCGGUAUCCAUCGCAUGGUGGAAAGCCUGCAGGCUAUGGACAACAGAGAAUGUCUUAUCCAGGUGAUUCAUAUAUGAUACGACAGCAAACAUCUCAAGUUCUUGCACCACCUCCGCCACCUUCAUCGGUUCCACCAGGUGCAGCAGCAUAUCCCUACCAAUCAAAUCUUGCUCCGUCAGGAUAUUCCUAUUCUCAACCUAUGGAUACUAAUUCGGUUAGUAUGGUACGCACAUCAAAUCCGAUGGCUACUCAGCAGAUGCAAAUGCCAAAUCGAUAUCCCGGCAAUCCAUAUUAUAAUCAACCAACGUCUAUGCCAUAUCCUCAACAACCACAAGUUUCAACAGUGGCACAUCGAACGUUUCCACCAAAUGCACCUCCGAGUUACUCGAGUUCAACAAUGUUAUCCAACGGUAUUGGAAAUAAACCCAAUAUGAUCGAGUCAAUGGAAAUCAAAUCGGAUGAUUCGUUUGAUGAUCUAGCAAAAUUGCAAGUACCGCAAACUCAACAAGGCGUACCUCAACAACAAAUGUUUCAUUCGCUAAUUCAACCUCGUUUACGUCCACAAUCACCUUCGUUCUAUCCAAAUAUGCCACCAACUAACAAUACGUAUUAUUCGGCACAGCGUCCAAUGAAUCCAACAUCAGAAUAUAAUAUGAAUGUUGCUCGAGGUAUUCGACCUUCAUCGGGACCAGCUAAUACAUAUGGAUCAAUGCCUGCUCAAGCACGAAUGUUUGCUCCUCCAUCAUCAAAUGAUUUUCCAACGGGUGUUCAAUCAACACCACCGCCUCCAUCUGUAACUCCUCAUUGA